CCUUGGAAUUCCACAAUGAUUUGUUAUCGGUGACAUACAUGUAGAUUACGAGUAUAUCAAAUCUCACCGUCACCGAUCCAAUUCGUUAGAUAUUUUAUUUCAUUGAUUGAAAUUUAAUAAUGUUAAAUGACAUUGUUGACAAUUCUUGUUUAAACGAGGAAGUAUAACGUAGACUAUUUCCCGGUUUCCCUGAUAUUGUAGAAAAUCAACAUGAGAAACAGAAAAUUGGAUAGUAAAGCAACACAAAAGAAGCCGCUUACAAAGAAUUCACCAUUAAAAAAUGGAAAGAUACAAAAUGACUUCAAACGAGAUUCAACACCCGUAUUUACUAUAAUUAUAAUUGUUCUAUUUUUAUCCGUUCUAUUUGGUGCUUUGUAUGUUUUUCAAUCAAUGUCUGCAGCGUCAGAUGAAAGUGGAGAAACGAACUUUGUGACGGAUCCAUCAAAAAUGCAGAAAAGAUCUGACAAACAGUCAGAUACGUUAGCCAAUAAAACACCAAAAAGUGAGAAACAAACUGAAACAAUAUCUGAUAAUACUCAAAGCAUUGAUAAAACUUUUCCAACCGACAAUGUUCAAAAGCAUGACAAUUCAAAAAGUGUUUCUCCAUCUGAAAAGGUGAAACCUCAGACUAGACAAGGAAUUGAUCCAAAAAUUGAAGAAGAAAUGAAUAAGUUUAAAAGUACUUUACAAACAGGGAUGUCACCUAAAAAGAUUUUUGCAGACGGCAGAAGAUUGCCGCCAGUAGAAUUACUGCCUCAGAAGCCUAAUAACAGUUCUGUAAAAGUGUAUCUGUAUGAUGAGUUUUUGUCAGAGGCGGAAUGUGACGGGUUGAUGAAAGCACACAACAGACACGUGACAGAAAUAUCGAAAAAAGAUCCAAUCGUAUGUUUUGACACUGUCAACACAUUACGUCAACAUUUAAAAGCAGCUGGAGUCAACCGCAAAGUAUCUCCUAACGAUUUUAUGCCAGGUACAACUUGCUUGGAUAAAACAUUUUCUUCUGAUUUUAAAGACCAUAUACAUUCUAACUGGAGUUACAGUACAGCGUUUUACCGUGGAGAAAGUAGGUUCUCUAACGUGUUCGAGUAUCGAGUUAAAGAAGCUACAGCAUUGAAACCAGAAAAUGGCGGGAAAUUUCAAAUCACAUCAUACCCUUUAAAUGUUGGUUAUAAGUUACACACUGACUGUAUAGAAGACAACGAAGAUAAAAGAGACAGAGUAGCCACUAUUUUAGUUUAUCUACAAGACGUAGAAGAAGGAGGCGAAACACAAUUCCCAGAACUUGGGAUAUGGGUGAAGCCGAGAAAGGGGAGAGCUUUAGUAUGGAACAAUAUGAACGAGAAAGGCAAAUGUGAACAUCUGUCAAUUCACCAAGCUGCCAAGGUCACUAAAGGUCAUAAGUUCAUUCUACAAAGAUGGUAUUAUUAUACAAGUUUUUAUUCUCUUGGUAAAAGACCACCAGAACCACACAUACCCGUGAUGGAGUCGGGUACACCUAGAGUGUCAUGUGAUGAGUAUGCGCAUGGCAGCUGUCGGUGGUACGACGAAUGGAACUAUGACCAUAUUAUUGAAUAUCAAAAACAAAAAAUUACACUUAUUUAAAUAACAAAAUAAUGUAGAUA